CGAGGUGGAAAACGAAAAACGAGAACGACGGAAAAAGAAGACAGCAGAACAAAAUUUUGUACGAAAAAGUUAACAAGGGGGCUUUUGGUCGAGCUGCUGAUGCUGUGCGGGGUGCAUUGAAUGUUUUUAGAAAGUGCUUGCGUUUUGUGUGUUCCUCUCAACCUUGAUGACUAAUGAAUCCGCGAUCGGUCCAAGCAGCUGGUUGAGUGAAUAGUUUUCACUUCCGGGUGCCCGUGUCCCGUAGGAAUCUCCUCAACUGGCUCUUGAUGGUUUCCAUUGUGUGGAAUCGACAUCAGAAAAUAAAAACGAGGUUUCCCAUACACUCGGAAGGUUGAACAAACUGGUUCGCAGACGACGACGACGAUUGCAUUAAAAAAAAACAACGCCAUUCUUGUGGAAGCUGCAAGAACCGAAAUCAGCACAAAGGGAGGGGGCGUGCAUUUGACAAAAGUGCUUCCAAGCGGUUCAUGUCAAUCUACUAGUUUGGGACAGCGAAAACCCACCGACGAUAAAAUGCCUCCGUAUCGCUAUUCGCACAACUUCACAUACGUGAGCUCCUGCGUGAAGUACAUGAUAUUUUUGCUGAAUUUCAUCUUCUGGCUUUUCGGUGGUCUUCUGAUCGGAAUCGGAUUCUACGCCUUCGUGGACAAAUGGCAAGCCACCGGACUGAUCAAGCUGGAAACGUUCUACGACAUCGUGCUGAACAUCUCGCUGGUGAUGAUCAUUGCCGGAGGUAUUGUGUUCGUGGUCAGCUUCGCCGGAUGUCUGGGAGCUCUGCGGGAGAACACUUGUCUGCUCAAAUUCUACUCGCUCUGUUUGUUGAUGUUCUUCCUGUGUGAAAUGGCCGUGGCCAUCGUCGGGUUUGUUUUCCCGCACAAGAUGAACAUAGUUCUGGAGGAAUCGUUCACCGAUAAGAUCAUCACCACCUACCGAGACGAUCCGGAUCUGCAGAAUCUGAUUGACUUCGCCCAGCAAGAAUUUCACUGCUGCGGUUUGAGCAAUGAUGGCUAUCUGGAUUGGGGCAAAAAUGAGUAUUUCAACUGUUCCUCGCCGAGCGUGGAGAAGUGCGGCGUUCCGUACAGCUGCUGCAUCAACGCCACCGAUAUCAGCUCCGGGCUGGUCAACAUCAUGUGUGGCUAUCACAUUCAGCAGCAAUCGGUGGCCGCGGCCAGCAAGAAAAUCUGGACCAGCGGCUGUAUCGAGAUCGUGCGCGUUUGGGCCGAACGGAAUCUCUAUCUGAUUGCCGGCAUUGCCCUCGGCGCUGCUCUCAGUCAGCUGUUCGUGAUCUACCUCGCCAAGACGCUGGAAGGCCAGAUUGACCUGCAGAAAAGUCGCUGGUCGUCGUGAGCUUAUCUGGUCGUAGGCUGGACCGGGAGCGACGGAGGCGGCGGAAGAGGGCGACCGGUUUAAACGAGAUACGAGGACUGAAUGGACUACCAGCUGAAAUGCAAGUUUAUAUGUGUAAUGUAGUAGCUCAACAUUUGACCUGCAGUGCUGGCCAACAACAAUUUAUUGACUGGAGACUACAAAACAAAUCGCCAUCCUGCGACAUAUAAAAAAAGAUAUCACCACAAGAAAAUAAGAGAGAGAAAUCAACCAGAAUAAAAAACAGAGUUCAGUGUUCUUCUAUAUUCGCUAAACAAACGUAGUGUUUAAGGUACAACCAUAAGUUCUGAAACCAACUCGAUAGAAUGUUCUCAUUAGAUACGUACACUCAUUUUCGACUCUGAACACAAAGGGAGAUAUAAUUCAGUAUAUGUUACUUCCCACCACUUUUAUUCUCUCGAACAAAACAAGAUAAUACUGAAAGCAUUUUAGAGGAAAAUACCUACAUUUUAAACAGAAAAAGAAUAACUCACUGUUACCGAUAGGAUACAUUGCUUGGUACAAUGGGAAUGACUGAUCACACUUGCUGCGCGCGAUUUAAUAAACAGAGUAUCCUAACUUGGGCAAUGAACGAUAUAACAAGAUGCUUUGCAAAUAAUUAACACUUUUUUUUAAAUCAGAAUAAAUCAUUCCAGUAAAAACGAAUUCGAGCUAUUUCUUGUUAAAACCCAAUUCAUUAAAAAAAUCUCAAAAGUAUUACUAUAUACUAUCAUCUCAAUUCAAUCAAUCAGUUCUUUGGGAAAUUUCAUUAACAUAGAACUAGCGUACUGUUACGAAAUCAUCAUACUCAGUUAGGGGUAAAAAAAGACUAAACAUAAUUCAACCGGAGUCGUUGUAAUUUUCCUCAAGUCGGCUACUCGACUGUUGAAAGUCCAAUACUGAUUGCAAUGGAGAUUGCAUUUUUUUAAAAUACAAACCACAAGUAUUUCCCAUUCAACCUUUUAAAGUGAACUUCCAAACAUCUACCAGAGACAGAAUUAAAACAUGAACACGGUUUUGUGGUUCAACAGAUGCUGCUUACUAUUAAAAAUGAAACCAGAAUCAAAAUAAUCAUCAUUCAUGCAUCUGUUGACUAAGGAAAAGAACAAAAAUAAUAUCUAAUCAAUGAAAAAAAUCAACAAAAAAAAGUUAGCAAGCUGUGUCAUUAAUUGUAAAGCUCAAAGAUAGCAGAUAGAACAAAUAAUGAUUGGAGAAUAAACUACACCGGUGUCAUAAAUUA